GCAGCCAAUGACCCGAGAAUGUACCCGGGCGUCCGACGCGUACCUCGCGUCGGAAGCGCUCUUGGAACGUAUCCCGUCUCCUCUGGGCAGAGCACGGGAGACAGUUUGCAUGGUCAAAGACGGCCUAGGACGCCGCCACAGCCCGUGCCGUCCGGCUCGCGGCUUCCAGCAUGGCAAGCUCACAUACUGCAACAUGUGAGGCCUACUUCGAUCGAGGCAGAAUGGGUCGCUCCUGCACCGCCUGUAGGUCCAGCGGCGACUAUCCAUACACCACCGAGCGCAGCACGCCACCAUGUAUAUGGAGGGGCAGCGUACGAAUCAUGGAACCCAUCGCUUCCAGACACAUAUGAAGAGCCAGCGUACGCGGCACCGAGCCAACAGCAGCCAAGCGCGUACGCAGCAUCGGGAUCGACCUCAGCCUUGGCGGGUGCUCUACAGGAGGUACCUUCAAGGACUCCUGCUAGUUCCCAGAGCAACGCAGGGCCAUUCGUGCCCCUACAGUACCCCGCGGCACCAUACACAUCCGGUAUCGCUCACCGGGAUCCGCGGACAAUGCGUCACCCAACAAGGACGUCGCAGAGUCAGCUUCAGCGGCAUCAUCCCUAUGCACAUCCAGCGCCUGCUCGCUCGGAGCGACUGGACAGGGCAUCGUUUGAUCCCUUCAUGAGUCUUCCACCGACGUACAUGCCAAAUCCUCCACCCUCUAUAACGCAGACGUGGCAGCAAGCUCAGCCAAAUGUGGAUAUGGGGUAUUCUGAGUAUCAUUCUGAAAGGAUACCAAACAUGCAAGGAGACUUGCCCUACGCAGACGCCACAUACCCAUCAUACUCGAUGAGUCCAUUCUCAUCCGCAACAUCAGGAACGUAUGGAGAGAACAGCAUCUCUGAAUACGCAGCGGUCCUGCCUGGACCGCUGCAUAUGAACGAUGUGAUCAAUCCAUACGUGCCAGUGCCAGACUUGAACCAUGCGCACAACAUACCUGGCUACGCAAUGGCACAAGGAUCACUCCCUGCCCCAGGCACCAUAGAUGCUACGGUCAUGCCAUGGGACGAGACAGCGCACGUACCCUCAUACGACGCCUUCUCGUCGUCACUGGACACGUACACUUUCGAGGACUUUGGUGCGUGCUGUUGACCCUUGAUCUGAGCUGCGCUGACCCGCCGCUGGCUUUGCCUAGAACCCGGAAGUUGAGAAGACACAACAGACAAUACCACCAAUGAACCAUCAGUCUCCACUACGAUACCAUAAUAAGGCGCAUACCUCGUGCAAAGUCCCUUCAUAGGCACAUAUACCCACGGCCUCUGAGGAACGAUGUAGCUUGAAGCUGUAGGAUGCCACGUAGACAUACUUACUAGUCUUAACGC